AUGAGACACCAAACCAGACCCAAUCCUAACGAUUAUUUGAAACCAUUGGUAGACAUUGGAUUUAAUCACUUCAAUAAAGGUGAAUUUGAUCAAGCUCGAAUUUGUUUUGAAAAAGCACUACAAAAAAUUCAAGAAAUUGGACAUACCAGUAUAUCGCAUGAUCGAUUGAAAUUUGAUCUUUACUUACAAAUUUCACAAACUUAUUAUAAGCAAUUAAAGUACAACGAUGCCAUCGAAUUCUGCCAAAAAGCAGAAAAUAUGGCAAGAACUUUUAAACACCGCCUACAUAUCGCUCAAGCUCUAGAAAGUCGAGGCAAGAUUAAAGUAAAACAACAACUAUUUCAUGCAGCUCUUGAUGAUUAUAAUGAAGCUCUACAGUUAAAAAUAGCCGUGCACGGCAGUAAACAUAUUGAUGUUGCCGACAGUUACCAUGCUAUCGCAGAGAUCCAUGUCCUACAGCAUCAGUAUAAUCAUGCGCUAACACUACAAGAAAAUGGUCUCAAAAUAAGGCUCAACAAAAUGGGAAGAGAUCAUUUUCUAGUAGCUCAAUCCUAUUACAGUAUUGGGUAUACUUACUAUCAUUUACAACAAUAUGAUAAAGCACUGAAAAAUUAUAAAAAUUGCCUGAAUAUUCGGUUAAAAAAAUCAGAUAAUGAUUACUUAGGCCUUGCCGAAACUUAUAAUGGCUUAGGUGAAACUUAUUUUAAAUUGCAUGAUGAUGAAAGUGCUAUCUCUAUGUAUCAAAAAAGUCUAAAUCUCAAGGUAUCUGUCUUUGGAGAUUACCAAAUUGAAAAUAGUAAUUUAUACUAUCGUCUUAGUGUAGUAUACCUACGCCAAAAGCAGUUUGAAGAAGCUUUUUUCGCUAUCCAAAAAUGUUUAAAAAUUAAAUUAGAAUACGACGGAAAUAAUCAUAUUGAUGUUGCAAAAUGCUACAACACCAUAGCUUGUAUUUAUACUGGCCAAGGACUAUAUCAUGAUUCGGCCAUGAUGUUUCGAAAAAGUUUACAAAUUAAACUAAAUAUAGCAGGAUAUGACCAAUUUGAUAUUGCCGAUAGCUAUCAUAAUUGUGGUAAUGCCUACUUGAAAAUUGAAGAAUAUCAGCAAGCAUUAUUAAUGUACCAAAAAAGUCUCUUUAUUCUCUUACAAAUCGCUAAAAAUGACUCCCAUCGCAAACAUAUCGCGGAUUUAUAUCGCGUUAUUGCCAAAGUUUAUUCGUACCAAUGCAAAGAUGCAGAAGCUAUCGUUAUGCUCGAAAAAUAUUGUAAUAUUAUUUUAAGUCAACAUGGAGAAUGCCAAAAAGUGGCUGCUAUCUACAAGGAAAUAGCAAGUAAAUACGAAAAACUGCACCAGCAAAAUGAAGCUUCCCGUAUGCAUCAAGAAGCUUUGCGUAUUAUAAAGAAUUUUUCGGAUGAAAAUGAUAGCCCAAAAUCGAUAGCAUUAGCACAACAUGCCAUCGGGGAUCCGAACUAUUACAAAGCUUUCAUGAAAGUCCUGAAAGAUGAAAAAUGUCGCAGUGAUUGUACACCAAUCGUAUUUGUUGGCCCUGAAAAUUCUGGUAAAACAUCAAUUAUGAAAUUAUUCUCACGACAAGAACUGAUUCCAAAUCUAAUGCCAACACAAAUUAUCGAUAAUCCUGGUAUCAUGAUCGAUUUAAAUAGUUACAAAAUUUUUGACAGUGAUACUUGUGACAUUGGUAGGAUACUGGAUAGAAAAGUUGUUGCAGCUAUAGAAUCAACUAAAUGGGGUAUGAUUUAUCAAGAAGAUAUGAAAGAUUCUAAUCAUUCAAAAUCAUCCAUAGCUAAAACUGCUGAUGAUUCUCGAUUAAAUAAUGAAAAAAUUCAGGCCUCUUUAAUCACACCCAAUCAAUUGCAUGAAGAAAGCAUUGGUAACUUAAAACCUUACGGUGAUCAUGACUACUUAUCCAAUGCUUAUACUAAACCGGUAAAUUUGAAACAUUAUUUGGAUAUCUUUAAUAAUUAUUACGAACACAGCUUAGUUAUAGAAAGUGAUGUCAAAACUCACGGCUACAAUUGUGGUAAAUUAUGGGAUUUUGGCGGAAACCCCAUGCACUGGAUUGCUCAUCAACCUUUCAUGUCAGGGAAUAGUAUUUAUAUUCUCACUUAUAACAUUGCUCAAGAUAUUAAUCAAAUAGUGCAAACAACAGACAUUGAUCCUAAUAAAAUGACUUAUUUACAAACUAUUGAAGAAUGUAUAACCAAUAUUGUUGGCAGGCAUAGCAAUCAGAAUAGAAUUGAGCCUUGCGAUGAUGAUAAUAGUGAUUAUGAUAAUGAUGGUAUAAGUAAUGAAUAUUCCUUACCUGUAAUUAUUUUGGUUGCAUCUCAUGGCGACUGCGUUCAAAAUAUCGAAGAACAACGCAGGUUAUUUGAAGGAUUCGAGCAAGCUCUACUUGCCUCUUUACCACAAUAUGAGAAGCAUAUUUGCUCUUCAAGUAUUAUAUUUAAUUGUGAUCCGCAUGAUACUAGCCCAGCUACAAUCAGUCAACGCAAACAAAGCUGCCAUCAUUUGCAACAAAUUAUACAACGUUUCUAUAAUUCCUUACCUUUACUUAAAAAUUUUAUUCCUAUUCGUUGGCAAAUUAUGUCCAAUUUAAUAUUAAAAUCGUCGAAUAGAUCAUAUCAUCAAGUCAAUUCUAUAUUAGUCGAUAAAAUUAAUAAAAUCAUGUUUGUUAACGAAAUAAAACAAUUAUCAAUAGAUUGUGGUUUGUAUCAAGGCGAUCAAGAUUUACAUGAUAUGUUGAAAUCUUUGCACAAUCUCGGAGAUAUAUUAUAUUUUCAAGACAAUCAAGGUGAAGGAAUCAUUAUAACUCAAAUUGAAUGGCUAUCCGAUAUAUUCCGAAGAUUAUUCACUAUGGGUAAAAAUGCAAGAAAAGUAAUUGGAAGAAGAUUCCUAAUUAAUUAUGCAGCUCGAUUUAAAGGUAAAAUACCGCAAUCAUAUCUAGAUAACAUAUUAAAGAAGAUCUCUAUUACAGAUAAACAUAAACAAAUUAUAUAUCAUUUAAUGGAAAAAUUCGAUAUGAUUUAUCCUAUGGAAAAAGAUGAAAAUGAUAAUUCGGAUGAUUUGUAUUACUUUGCACCGUUUACAGUAGAACCCCGUAUAAGUUUAGGCCAUAUUAACUUAGCAAGAUAUCAUGUAUCAGAUUGGCUAUAUAUUGGUUAUGAUCAAAAUGAGUUAUCAUUUAUUCCUACUAGCGUAUUCAUUAGCCUUCUCGUGGCUUGUUUCAAGCAGUGGAAGAAUUCAAAAGUUGAAUUAUACUAUAAUUGCGUUAAAUAUUACGUUAAAGCCAAUCAAUAUUCGUAUUAUUUGAUUGUUAAAAAAGCGAAGCGCCAUAUAGGCUUACGAUAUUACUGCGAAAAGGAGAGCAAUGCCACGAAAGAUAAUAUUACGAAAGUGAUUGAUGAAACUCGCCCUCAAGAUUUUGUUUAUAGUCAAUUAAUUGCAAUUUUGAAGGAAAAGUUACCCACUAUUAAUUGCAAUAACUGCCAAUUUAGCAUACAGUGCCAUUGCAAUGAAAUGGUUACUCUAAAUGGAUUAGAUCAACGUGAUUAUGAAGCAAUUGAGUGUCAUUAUUGUCAUCAAAUUGUUAGGACUCACUAUUUGAAAGACUGGACGAUUUAUACAAGAAACUCAGAAGUGCCUCAAUGUUAUUUUUUCAAGAUUUCUAAGCACAUUGGGAUAGAUUGGACUAAAUUAGCAGCAAAGCUGGAUGCUAACAUUGAUGUAGAUACAAUCAAAGUUGAAAAUCAAACAGUUUUUGAUCGUGCAUUAAAGUUAUUAAAUGAGUGGUUUAAUAGAAAUUGUAGCAGUAAUGCAACUCAAAAUUUGAUUACUGCUUUGAGAGAUAUUGAUCGAUAUGAUAUUCUACUAAAGUUAGGAAUCUCUGGCAAUAAACUUGACAUGUAG